CCUUUUAUCCUUGCACUGACUGUUUUAGAAAAGAAGGAAAUACGAAAUCAAAACUGAAUGAUUCCUGAAAAUUUAAACAAUGGAAGCCUUCUCUGCACUUGCUCUGUUUGUUUUUCUGAUUAAUGGUGUGGCUUCUGAUGAUGUGAUAUCAGUCUCAAUUAUGCAGGGAAAUGCAGUUGUUCUGUCCUCUGAGGUUACCAAACAACAACGUGACAAGAUGCUGUGGUAUUUUAAUGACACUCUGAUAGCUCUGAUCAAUGGAGAGCCCAGUAAGAGUUGUGUGUAUUAUGGUGAAGGUGAGAUCUUCAGAGACAGACUGAAGGUGGACUAUAAGACUGGAUCUCUGACCAUCACAGACAUCAGUCCUGAACACUCUGGACGUUAUGAAGCAAAUUUCAUCCAAAGCAAGAGCACGGGAACCAGCCACAGCUUGAACCGAAACAGCAAGUGUGACGGUACAAAAAUCAUCAAGAAAACGAGCAACAUUGGCGACAGUGUAAAAACAUUCAGUGUUUCCGUCAUUGCUUCUCUGUCCGAUCCGCUCAGCAUCAAUGAAGAAUUGUUCAAUAUGGAGAAGGAGCAAGAGUCUGAAGAGAGUUCAGUACAGUAUUUAACUCUUGUAGCAGUAAUAUGUGCUGGUGUUGGUGCUGGUGUUGUUCUGCUGCUGGCUGCAGUUGUUGGUGUGAUAUACCAUCGCCGCAGGAGCUCUAAUAAAGAAGACAGAAAGAUAAACUCAUCUGAGCAUCUGCUGAAAGUCCCAAUAUGAGAAAGAGAGAGGUCGCUUUGUGUAAGGGCAUCUCAACAGGAUCAGCCCAAAUAUUCUUCUUCCUUUUCCCUCAAAGUGUGGCCAAAAUUCAUAAAAUUGGUCCAAGUCAUGCCCCGCUGUUCAGCCCAGAUGCACCUCUGUCCGAUACUAGGUGGCGCUAUAACAAGGUGAUUUGCAUUCCGGGCCAUAACUUUUGAAACAUAAUGACUCGCUCUGACUUUUGAGCAGUAUUAUGCCCUGGUUUAGGGUUGAAAGAGAAAAAUGAAAGAGAAAAUGACACGGUAGAGUUAAUUUUGAAAAGGAAAUUGUAAUGGACAUAAUUGAUUUACAAUGCAGUUGGGGAAUAGCUUCAGGAGCAAACAGGGACAAAUUUAACAAAUUAAAGAAAAGAAAAGAAAAUACAAUUACUUACCUAGCUCUCUAUCCAAAAACAGCCACAAAUGGUUCAAACUAAAACCCUACCUCCCCAAAAUAUUAUUAAAAACUAACAUAUCACUGCUAUAUAUAUAUACAUAUGCACACACACACACACACACACACACACACACACACACAUAUAUAUAUUAUUAAUACACAAUAUUAUUAAAAGCUAACAUAUCCCUGCUAAAUAUAUAUAAUCCUUUCACAAGGCAUAAAAUGUUAGUGGGUAAAAACCUCAA